AUGGCUUCUCAAGCUCACGUUCCGUACGAUCGUCGUUUCGGUUCCGUAUACCCGCUGUUUCAACUGCUCGGUUUCUCGUUGGUACCCCUGAAAGGGCAAGCUCUAACCUCACUCCGAACUCUUACGGUCGUUUUCGUGUCCCUGUACAUUUCCUGCGAGCUGGUCAUCAUUGCGUACUCGCUAACCUACCCGGAGGAUCUGUUCUUUCUGUCAGACGCAGCAGGAACGUUCGCUGAUGCGAUACAAUUCGAGAUACCCCUGCUGGUUCCGCUGGGAUCGCUAUUACUGUCCCUAGCCAAACGGACACUUCAACAUCGCAUCGCUCAGCUAAUGGAUCGGAUCGACGGGCAACUGCAAGCGACCUGCAGCACGCCCGGUGUUUUGGAACGUUUUAAUCAUGAGCUUUCGCGAGACCUCCUCACCGGGAUGCUCGUCUACAACGUGAUACCAGCUGCGAACGAGUUCUUCAUCAUCUCGCGUGUCUCCGCCAACAUGAUCUGGCACCGGAACUGGCUGAUGAAGGUGUGGUUCUUUAUACUGCUCCGUCUGGGGGAUUCCUUUUUUCUCCUGCAUGUCCAAUACCUGCGCAAUCGGUAUCGAUGCGUCAACUACGAGCUGCAGCGAACGAAAGGAUGGAAUGUCGCACCGGAAGUGAUCCACCGGCGGUUGGUUCGACUGAAGGCGAUACAAAACCUCCUCAAGGAUCUCGCUGGAGACGUGUCCGAUCGGUUCGGGUGGCAGCUGUUUGGGGUGAUAACGAUGCUCUUCAUCUGCACAACAAUCGACGGGUACUGGAUGUACGCGAGUCUUUAUCACAAGGGGAAUCUGUACAAGAUCGAAUCGUUUCUGUGUGGCAUCUCGCCUUUGAUGAUGUUCUUCAUGCUGUUCAACACCUGCCAGCGGUGUAUGGAUGAGGCAGAGAAGACGUUCUACUAUCUUCAUGGAGUUUUGAAUAGAAUGUUACCACGCAACACGAUCCUCUUGAUAGAAAACUUUUCUAAGCAGCUACACAACGGACGCGUCAACUUCUCAGCAGCGAACUUUUUCGAAUUGAAGCUAUCGGCAUUGACUACCAUAUUUGCAUCCAUCACAACGUAUCUGGUUAUCUACAUCAACUUCAUACCAAAAACUGACACGUUCGACGAGUACAACAAGGAGCAUAAUUUAGUCAACGCCUGA